CAAGAAUCAGACUCAAACAACAACAACUUCACAACUUUGAUCUGAAAUGAGUUUUCAAAAGGGUGUCAUCGUGUUUCUUCCAAUCCUUCUUUCAUUAGUGUUGCUACAUCACCUUUUUCUCACUUCUGUCGUAAGUGCUCAAAGUGAAAAUCUCACACGUCGCCUGCUUUCUAUAGAAGAUGAUGAAUUUGAUACUGAAGCACAGUGUCCAGCAGAUACUCAAACUGAGAACGCAUUACAAACCGAUGCAGAAAUACAAAAGACUCAAAGUGAACUUCACACUUCUUUAUUGCUAUCACCAAGUCAAAGUCAGAAGAAUGUACCAAACGAUUCCAAUAUUGAAGUAAACAGUAUUAUCAGUGAUCCUUACAUUCCUCCAUUUCCACCAACAAUUCAAAUGGAGAGCGAUGUGUCCAUCAAUUCCAAUCCUGAAGUGCAAAGGUUUUGAUGAAUUUUGAGAGGAAAAGUUGAAUUAUGAAGAAAACAAAAAAAUUAUGAGCAAAAUACACUAAACUGACUUUAGCACAAUUGCAACGUCAAAUAUAUGACUUGAGCCACACAAAGAAAACUCACCUUGGAAGGAAUCCACAAGUCCUAACUUGAGGCUUAAGCCGUGAAGAAUCUUUCACCUAGAAGUAAUCUCACAAGGCUCCAACCUAGAAACACAAAGCUUAAGCCAUAGAGGAAACCCACCUUGAAAGAAAACCUCAUGGUUGGAGUCAUGGAUGCCACCGCUAAAACCACACUAUUAAAGUCUAUAAAAGUAGGAUUUCACCUCUAUUUUUAAAGAACUUUUGAAAGACUCCUUUAGAGAGAUUUAGAAAAAUACUUUAGAAAGUCCUCUCAUACACUUCCUUUGUAUUUUAAAGAACAUCAUUAGAGAACUAGAAGAUGAAGUUUCUUCCAUGUGUUAACUUUUUUCCAUCCAUUAUGAGGAGCUAAAUCCCCUAGGUAUUAAAGU